CGUCACGGACCAGAACAAGAUCGUGAGGAGCCUGGGGCAGCGGACGAAGGGAGGGGGAGGAACUUCUGCCCGAGGGAGGUGACCUACAAAUGGCUUAGCUACACACUAGGUGUCCAUGUCAACCAGGCCAAACAAUAUUUAAAAAAUUUGAUCCCUCAAUGCAUUUUAUCAUUGUGUUUCCUCCAACAUGGACUUAGACUUGUCCUUGAUCUGAUUGUUUUGUGCAACAUGACAAAUGUGGAAAUAUGUUUAGAAGAAUUGCACAUGUUUACAUUGAUUGCUUGUUGUAUGGGGAAGGAGAGUAGAGGAAAGUGGGAGAGAAGAAUUUGGAACAUGAAGUUUUGCAAGGGAUGCUGUAUGAUUAUGUUGAAAGGAAGAGAAAGGAAAAUUCAGGAGCCCAGCUACAUGUCACCUACUUAGUGUCGGGGAAUCUUGUACAGAAUGGAAACUCUUGCCACAAGGUUGCAGUAGUGAGAGAAGAUAAACUGGAGGCAGUGAAGUCCAGGCUUGCUGUGACUGCCAGCAUCCAUGUGUACAGUGUCCAGAAAGCAAUGCUUAAGGACAGUGGGCCUCUGUUCAACACCGACUAUGACAUCCUCAAAACCAACCUGCAGAGCUGCAGCAAGUUUAGUGCCAUCCGAUGUGCAGCUGCUGUCCCCAGAGCUCCUGAUGAAAUUUCCUCUUCAGAGAAACUUGGACAGGCUGAUCCUCAGACAUCAAAUGAAGCCCUACCCAGCAGUGGACCUACCACCAAUGGCCAUGGUCCUCCUGCUACCAAACAAACCUCACAACAUCCCAAAGGAAUUAUGGGAAUGUUUGCCUCCAAAAUGGCUUCCAAAUCCCAAGAUGCUAAUAAGGAGACUAAAACGGAGUCAAAAGAGGCAACAAAUACAUCUUCAGCAAACAGCAAACCACAAGGAAAAGGGAGUGUGAUGAGCAACUUUUUUGGGAAAGCUGCUAUGAAUAAACUUAAAGUCAAUUUGGAUUCAGAACAAGCAGUAAAGGAAGAAAAAACAUUGGAACAGCCUCCAGUUUCUGUCGCUGAACCAAAGCUGGCAUGCACUGGAAGCCUGAAGAAACCCUACAAGAAAGUAGAGCCUGUUAAAAUGCAGCAAAAGGAGAAAAAAAGGGGAAAGCGGGCUGAACUCUCAGAUGAUGAAGCAAAAGAAACUGAAAACCUGAAGAAAAAGAGGAGAAGAAUUAAACUUCCGGAAUCAGACAGCAGUGAAGAUGAAGUUGUGCCAGAUUCUCCAGGGACUUAUGAAACUGAGUUGCCACCUUCAAGUCCUCCUCCUUCUCCUCUUCCUGAGCCAGCGCUGAAGAUUGAGCCAGAGCCUCCUUCCAUUAAGGCCACGAGUGGAGAAAAGAAAAGAAAACGGAAGAGAGUAUUGAAAUCCAGAACCUUUGAGGAUGAGGAGGGCUGCAUGGUGACAGAAAAGACUUAUGAGAGUGAGUCCUGCACAGACAGUGAAGAAGAUUUUAAAGUGAAGACCACAUCCUUACAAAGACCCCCUUCCAUGCCCGUGAAGAAGGAGCUCAAAGAGGAACGGAAGGGCCUCAAGAAGGGAGCCGCUGCUCUUGGCAAAGCUCACAGACAGGUGUCCAUUACGGGCUUCUUCCAGAAGAAGUAAAUGGCCUCUUCCUAGGAGCAGGAGGAGCAGACCCUCCCACCCAGCGAUCACAGGGGCCUCCACUUUGACUUGCUUACUGUGUAAGUGAGCACAGUGAUCUCCUUGGUGCAGACUUAAAGGGCAUCUCCCAGAAGCCAGGGACGAGGGGGCAUUCCAAAGGCUGCCCACUUCUAGCAACACUUUUAUUUUAUUUAUAGCAUGCCUUCAUGCUGUCCAAGUGGGAUCUGCUCUCCAUUGGAAGAGAUGAGUGACAGACUUGUCCAGGAGGUCCUUUGAUGGCUGAUGCAUCCCAACCUGUCUACCCCCACCCUCCUGUCCUGGGGAUGUCCAUGGCUGCCUUUGUGUUUUUCCUUCUUGUUUGGGGCAUCCCCUUGAACUUCACUGGAUGAAUUCUCUUUCUUUCCUAGGCCCUUCUCCUCUUCCACUCUCCUUUGCCUCACCCCCCUCAAAAGAAGGAGAAACUAGCCAUUUUCUUUCUGCCUUUAAAUCCUGGUUGGACUCACUAAGGCUUGUAACAAAAGUCUCCCUGUCAUCCUCUUUCUCCUUCUAUUAGAACCCUGGCCCCUGGCCCCCGACCAGGAGACAGAUGACUAGCGCUGGGUCUUCUUCACAAAAGCCCUCUAGAUCUUUGCCUAUAACCCACGGUUUGGGAAGAGUCCCAGGGAGAGCUCACAAAAACAUUUUAUGGUUGUAUUUGACUCUGUAAGAAAGCGGUUAAAGUGAAUGCUGAAGUCGUCAUCUUUCUGGGCACAGCUAAUGCUUCAUAUUCUGUUGGAUGAUUUUAAUUUUUUCUCUUCCCCCUCCUCUUUCAGCACCUAGAAAGUUCAGUCCAAUUAAGGAGCAGCCUUAGUGUGUACAACAGGCAUUGCGGAUGAAAACCUUCUAUUCUUCUGAAGGAAAUGCAACCUCAGGACAGCUCGGGGAGCUACCCCAGCCUGGGUGCACACGCUGGGGUGUGCCUUUAGUUGGGACCACUGUGUAUUUGCCUGGGAAUAUAGGGGUCACAGGAGGCAGCCUAAAGGAGAAAAGGACAUUGCAGGUCAAAAAAGCAAGGGAACAUUUUUAACUUGUUCUUUUGAGGGGAAAAUCCUUUAAAACAAUCAAUAAAUCAUUUAUUGUAAUUGUAUUUUUUUUAAUUGAUUUUUUUUAUGGCUAAUGGAGUGAUCUGAAUGGAUUCAACCAAGCGUGGAAAUUGCUAACAAUAAGCUUUAUUGAGACAUGUACAGGGUGCUGGCAGAGCAGUCUUCCCCAUCUUGAGUAACAAAAGAAGCCUUGGAGACGUCUGACUUGCUACUUACGUCCUGAAAAGGAAUCAUUACAGUGGCUGAGGUAGUAGGUAGUGUAAUCAGCUGUCUGCUAUUUAAGGUGAGGGUUAUAACUGACCCCAGGCUUCAUAAUGAGCUUCAUUAAUAACCUUCACCUAGGGCUUUCCAGCCUAAGUAGCCCCAAAGGGCACUAUUAAGAUGAGGUUUUCAGGGUGAAUUUUGGCAUUAUGUGUAAGGACAUUAGUAUAUUGAGGCCUGUGGUGCAAGCUGAGUAAGGGUUGGCUUAUCCCAUAACUGUUUCUUAAUGGGAAUGGGGCCUUUGUUCAGAAAGUAUGGGAAACCUGGACUCUUGAGCAAGCCUUUACAAAAUCUGUUACCUCUGAAGAAAGAAGCCUGUUAAGAUGUUUAUUUUUAUUAUUAGUGCUGAAAGUUUAUUCUAAACAGUAACAUUGAAUUAAAAACCACUAACAGUGAUCUUAGUCAUUUGAAUAUUGUACUGGGAUCACUGAAAAAGCUGAUCUUUGAAUUAGAAAAACUCUACUCUGUUAAAGACACUGUCUUGCUGGGAUCACACAAAUCCUGUGAUCUCUGCUACAUGGUCAGUGAGCUCCCUAAAUAUUGAACUGUCUGCAAAGCUUCCCCUUGUAAAAACAGCUUAGCAAGUAAUCUUUGUGUGUGUGUUUUUUUUUUUUUAAGGUAAUACUGUACUAUGUUGUUUAUACAAGUUUGAUAAAUUUGAGGGGUUGUUUUUUAAAAAAUGAUUUAAACUGAGUUGUCUGAUGUGUUCUUUAAUUUGACAGGACAGCAGCAAUGUGUGCAGUUAUUUAAACUCUUAACAGGAGGCAGACUUGUUUUCAGUUUAUAAAGGUUAAAACUGUGCACCCUGUGGUCUGAGAGACAAGCUAUUUGCCGCCUCCAUCAUUUUUUGUGGCUCUGCUGGAUGCCUCUUCGUUCCAGCUAGCAUCAUUUUUGAUUCAUUUAGGACAACAUUCUCUUUGCAAUCAUGUCCUCAGACAUUGUGUUAGCCCUGCCUGGAGUGUGUCCAAGGUCAUUGGCUGGUUGCUGCAUUGUUUUAAAGCACUAUACUGGCUGUUCAUCUAGAAAUCUAAAGAUUGGUUAAAUAGGGAAGAAUUUUUGGUCGUUGUCUUUAAGUCAACAAAUAUUUAAUGAGCACUUAUACUUUCUAGAAUAUUGUGCUUGAUAUUAGGGAAGAAAGCAAGUGUAGAAAAAGACUCUCCUAUCUUGGUCUUAUAGAGGAUAUAACCCCAUCUGUAUCACACAAAUGAUGAAUACAAAAUUGCCCUUGAGAAGUAUGAAAACAGUACUUCAGAGAGAGGCCAUUCCCAGCUACCAGGAAUCAUGGAAGGUUUCCUAAAAGAAGUGAUAUUUGAGUUAGGAUUUUUAAAGGAUGAGAAGAAUUUAAUAGGUAAAGAGAAGACAUUUCAAAUUUGGUGACCAUCAUGAAUGGAGGCAGAAAGGCAGCAAAUACAAAGGGUGUGUGUGUAAGUGAUCUACUUUGGCUUGAGGAAAAACAGUCUGGAAGAAGGGAGUUCGUAUUUGAUGCAACAUUUAUGAAGGGCCUUCUGUGUUCAAGAUUCUGUGCUAGUUGGUAGGAUGAGUUAAGAUUGGACUCAGAAAGCUGUGCUGGACUGUGGAGGUUCCUAAAAAUAAGGCUAAGAAAUAAGGGGUGGUUAUAGACCCUCAUUAAAGAAAUAGUUGGGGCCAAAUCCAUCCACUGGGAAAAUUAGCCUGGUACCCAUGGAAAGCUGUGAUUUACAUUGAAUUUGGAAUCAGAAAUAUGGGUUGUGCUACUGACUUGCUUUAUGACCUUGAAUAAAUAAUUAAGCUGGUCUGGGGACUUUGUCUAUUCAUGUGUAAAAUUUAGGGAAUAUUUUUGAAUCCUAUAAAAGAAUAUAUUGAUUUCAGAAUAGAGGGAUGAAUGGAAGGAGGGUAAAGCUUCAGUACUAUUAUAAUCAAUUUCAUUUGUAAUCCUUUGUAUUUUAUUCAGAAAAGCAGUUCAUAAGUUUUACCAGACUGCCAAUGUCUGAUGACACACAAGGUAAUCCCAGUAAUUUAUUAGUGACAGUUUGAGGGUAUAGUGAGACAUCAAAGUGCUAGAGAUGUUCAGCAUGCAUUUCAGAGGGAGUUUUUCCUAUUUCAAACAAGGGGAGAAAAUUCAGAGGCAUAUAUUUACUGGCAGAAUUUCGUGUUGGAUUUUGUUUUACUCAGUGGCUAUUUGAAUUUUUAUUGAUUUAAGUUGGGCCUUGUGUGUAUCGCACAUUUUAUCUAUUGAAAACUUUUGUCAUCUCUUCUCCUUUGCCCUCUCCUCUUGACAUCAUUUAAAUGAGUUUAUGUCCUGGAUAUACACAAAUAUUGACGAAUAGCAGAUAUUCUAGAAAGGCUGUUGUCUGUAUAAUGCCUCUUUAAUAUAGUAAAAGGUGUAUCAUAUGUAGAGAAAAUGAAACAGUAAAUUUUAAUGAGGUUAAAUGAAAGUUUUACAACUUAUCUACUUUAAUUUUUAUGCCAGCAAUCAGCCUAGACGAUUGUAGUGUUUUUGUUGAUUUUUCCGUUAACGUGGCCAAUUUUUCUAGUGAAAUAAAUCAUAGUAACAUUAACCACAGCUCAUAUUUCAGCAGCACUUUCCUACUUAUAAACUGCUUUAUUCAGAACGACCCAGAGGAGAGAGGUAGUAAAAGUGUUAUAGGUUCCAUUUUGUGGAUGAGGAAAAUGAAGCCCAGAAAAAUGAAAUGACUUGCCUGACCUGAAGCCAUGUAACUAAGCAAGUGAUUGGGUCCAGAUCCUUUGGUUUUAGAUUGGCUCUGUAUUCUGUUACACUCCACCACCUUAAAAAGGGACUUAGAACCACUCGGGUUUAUAGAGUAUCUUUCUUGAAAUGACCUUGUAAGGUAGGGAGUGCAAGAUUUUUCCCCCUUUUCACAAAUGAGGGAUAAUGAGGCUCAUAGAGGUGAAGUUGGUCAGUCCAAGGUCUCACAGCCAGUAAGUGUCAGGGCCAGAAUUCAAACCCAAAUCUCCCUUCCCAUGAUUUUUCCAUUCUUCUGCUGGUACUCCUCUCUCUAGUGACAUGAGGCAGAAGAAUCGUGUUCUUCCUGGGGAAUCUUUGUUCCUCCAGCAGGGACGUUCAUUAUCAUACAGGACAGCGCUGAACAGAAGGACCAUAUAAGGAAGCUAAAUAGUUUCCUCAGGACAUAGGCAGAAUGAGUGCAUGGUAGUGUGUUUGCCAGAAAUGUACUCUGUUAGGACUCGUUUGGGUAAACUUGUCUCCUUUCAUUGGUUAUGGGAUCUGAAGAUGCCGUAACACGGUUUUUACCACCAUGGAACAGAGUGAGGCUGCCUCGUUGUCUUAUGAGAGGCAGUACUGCUUUUCUGAGUUACUGCCCUGGAGGUCUUAUAAAUUAGGUAGGGCUGUCACCAUGCCCUUUCUGAAGGGCAUGUUGUACCCAAACUGUCGGUCUUUGGGUUGGAUCUGGUUACUCACUGCUAAAUGACGUUGCCUUUCGUUCAUAUCUGUGUCCAGGUUCUAAUGUUCUACCAUGUAGGCCACCCACACACUGCUUGCCAUGGUCCUUAGCCAGGGAAACUUGGUAAGGCUUCCGACCUCCUACUUUUUUCAUCUCGUAAUCCCACCUUGACCCUUCAGUUUCUCCUCCAUUCCAAGUUCCAAAUGCUGUCAGACGUCUUAUUCCCCACUACCCCCGCCCUCCUACUUGUCUCCUCAUUUCUUGAAAUAUUACUCGUUUAUCCUAAGAGCUCUUUAUGGCUAGACCUCCUCUAACUUUUUCUUUCCUAUUCUGUGUUCACUGGGACAUUCUAGACUUUGAAAUUGGUGUGAGCAAAGUCAGGGAGUACAGAUAGUUCAUGUAACCAGAAUUAAAGUAGGGGGCAACCCUCCUAUUUUUAUUAAAUACUUACUACUUGUAAAAUACUAUGCUAAGCUGUGGGAUAUAAAACAAACAAAACUCUGUCCCUGCCCUCAAGAAGCUUGCAUUCUGCCGAGUAGGUGAGAUGUGGAAAUAGGUACAUGUAUGUAACAGCAUGAAGGAGGGGGAGGAGGUGCUAACCACUGAGAAGAUGUAAAAGGCUUCCUCUAGGUGAUGGUACAGGAACUGAACUUUGAAGGAAGCGUGUAUUUUAAGGAGAUAGAGUUGAUCCCAGGCCUUGUGAGAGGCACAUAGGUGCUAGGAGCUGGAUCAAUGAUUUUGGGGAACAGCAAGUUGCUUGAAUUGGAAGAUAAGAGUCCCAUUGGCCCUGAAAAGUAGGAAAAAUGAGUACUUUGUCCUAGAGGCUGUAGGGAGAUGCUAAAGGUUUCUGAAUAGUGGAGUGAUGCAGAAAGGUACAUACUAGGAAGGUUACUUUGGCAGCUGUGUGAAGGACAUUAGGAUGGAGAGAACCCGAAAACUAACAGUCUAGGGAGAAGCAGUUUUUCAGUCAGAAGCCGAUGAUGGCCUGAGUCAGAAGACACCUUGUUAACGUAGAGAAAGGGACAAAUGUGAGAUCUUAGGAUGGCAGAAUUGGCCAAGCUGGGCAAAUGAUGGAGGGAAACAGAAGAUUUGAAGAUGAGUGUGUGCUUGCAGAUCUGGGUGACUGGAAGGAAGGUGGCACCUUCGAGAGAAAUUAGAAAGUUAAAAUGAGGGGCGAGUUUAAAAGGAAAAGGUGAGAAAUUGGACAGAUUGAGUUUGAGAUGUGUUUGGAAAUGAAGAGGUCUUGUUAAGGAGGUGAUAGCAAGAUUGUAGAGCUGGAAGGGAUCUCAAGGGUCACAUUAUCCAAACCCUGCAUUUUAUAUAUCUUCAUCUGUAAAUUGAGGUCUGUGGAAAUUAAAAGUGACCUGUCCAAGAUCAUAUGGGUAGCAAACAAGAUAGGACAGACAAUAGAGUAAGAUAAACCCCGGGAGGUGCUAUAUGCCCUGAAUUGGAAGAAACCUCAGCAGUUCCUUUGAUCUAAACUCUACAUAUCACCUGGAAUUCUACCAUGUCUCCACAAAUAAAUAACUCACUAACAGGGAUAGUCCAUUUGCUCUGCUUUGGGAAAACUAAUUGUUAGAAAGUUGUUCUGUAUAUCAAGCUGAAAUCUGUCCAAACAAAACACAUGACAGUUCUUCCAGUACUUGAAGGAUCCUCAUUUUUCCAUUUAAUUUCCCCUAAGCAUUCCAGUGUAAAUAUCUUUGGUUCCUUCUGUGACAUGGUUUUGAAUUCCCUCAUUAUUCUGAUCACUUUCUUUGGACAGGUUCCUUUCUAAAAAAUAUGGUACCUAGAACUGAAUAUAAUAUUCCAGGAUGGAGUCUAAAUGGAAUUUAUUAUCCCUUCAUUCUAUGGUUAUAUUAUCUAUCUAGCCUUAUCUCCUUUUGUAUUUUGGCUUCUCUGUUAUAUUGUUGAUUCUUUUACAUGUUAGUCCACCACAACAGAAGCACAUUCCACAGAAUCGGUGAUUGGUUAUAUUGUAGUAAGGAUUCUUUUUAGGGGGUUUGAGUUGGAUAGAUACUGUGGUUUAAAAAAAAUCAUGUAAUUCUGUGAAUACUUUUUCAUAAGUACUUUUUCAUAAAGAUCUUUUUCAUAAGAACUGUUAUGUAGCCACAUUUCCCUCAUCCUGUACUUGUGUGGUUGAUUUUUUAAAAAUGUUUUUCAGCCUUAUUUCACACGAUUCUCCUUCACAAACUACAUUCCAGCCAAACUAGUAUACUAACUGUUCCUAAAACUUGACACUCUCUGCUAUAUUCUCACAAAGUGCCCCUCAGGCCUGGGUCCUUUUCCAGAGACCUGGUCUUCCUUCAAAACUUGCUUGUUCUCUCUCCAUCAGGUUUACUUUGACUAUUCUUAUCUAGGUACAUCAUGUACUCCAGUAGAAUUUGCAUGCCAUUCUUUGAGGGUAAGAAUUCUUUUUAUUUGUAUUUAUAUCCCUAGCAUCUUGCAUAAUGACUUAAAUACAGUUGGUUAAUAUGUUUGUUGAUUAAAACUUGACUCCCAGUGUCAGACUUUACAUUUAUCCAUAUUUGAUUUCAUCUUAUGCCAGUUCUUCAUGAAUCAUUGUCAGUGACAGCAUGCUGUAAAGGAAUAUAUUUAUAUUGACAAUGUAUCUAAUAAUGAUAGCUAGCCAAAAAUUAGCAUUUUAAGGUUAUAGGACACUUUAAAUAUGUACAUUCAUAACAGUUUGGCCCAAGAAAACCCUGAAAGUUAGAGGAUUGGAGGUCUUAUAGAGAGCAAAGGAUAGGUUGAAGAGAAAAGGUUGAGGCAGAGGGAAAGAUGGAAUGAAAAAUUAGAGAUUUGUGACCAGGAUUCCACAGAGUAAGAAAGUAUGGGUGGGUUGCUGUUUUUACCAUUGGAGAGGGAAUAUCCGCAUGCAUGAGUUAAUGAGUACACUAAAAUAUACAUUUAUAUCAUCUUGUUAAAUUGACCCCUUAAUUCUUAUCUGUCAGGAGGAUCCUUUUGGAUCCUAAUUGUGUAAUGCAUUCAGCAUGUUAUUGCUCUCGAUUUUGUGUCAACUACAGAUUUAAUAAUAACCAUCUAUGCUUUCAUUCAAAUUAGGAAUGCUUAAUAGAUUAAAUAGAAUGGGAUCAGGAAGAACUCCCUGAAACUGCAUUAGUGACUUCCUUCCAGCUUGACAUCCAGGUGCUAAUAAAUACUUUUGCCCCUUCUUGCUUUGCUAUUUUUAACCAGUUUUGAAUUCAUCUAUUCAGUUUGCAUCUUUCUUACAUGUUCACUAGAACAGCCUAGGUAGCCUCUAAUACCAUUCCUCCAAUAUGCCAAUAGAGCAGUGUUGUCAAAAGUAGAGAUUAGGUUAAUGAUGAUAAAACUAUGUUGGCUAGUAGUAAUCACCAGUUAUUCAAGUAACAAAUCAACCAAACCAACAAGCAUUUAUUACGUGCUUAUUAUAUUCCAAGAACUACACUAAAUUUAGCUGUGGAAUAAACAAACAAACAAACAAAAA